AUGCAUCCUCAACUGUCAGCGAGCGAGCAAGCCGCAUUGCUGGCUCAGUUAAAACAAAAUCCCGAAAUGUUAGCUCGAUUUCAAGCUAUGCGUUCGGCUAUGAUGGAGUCAGCCAAUGAAAAUUCAGCAUCUCCUGGAGCAUCUAAUGCAAAUCGACAUGGACAUUCGCAUAAUCAUUCAGGUUCAUGCGGACAUGCUCAUACACCAUCGCAUUUUUCUCAACCUGUUCCCGAACCACCGCCUAAGCCGGCAGUAGCAGAAAUGACGGCUGUUCAAGCUGUACAAUACAACGAAUUGGAGCGACUGAAAGAAAUUAUCGAAAGCGGACAAAUGGAUGUCAAUACGCCGGAUAUUGAGGGAUGUUAUUUGUUGCAUUGGGCAGCAAUUAACAAUCAUUGCCAAAUUAUGCGAUAUUUGAUCGCCAAAGGUGCCGCUAUAGAUGUUCAAGGGGGUGAUUUAAAAUCGACGCCAUUACAUUGGGCAUGUCGACAAGGCUGUACAGAAGCGUUCUUUCUUCUUGUGGAUAAUCGAGCCAGUAUAGAUUCCACAGAUAUCCAUGAUAUUCAACCUGUUCACCUUGCAGCUCAAUACGGCCAAAUCAAAAUUCUCGCUUAUCUACUUGGUUCUGGUGUUGACGUUGAUUGUCUUGAUGGUAGACGUUUUACUCCUCUAAUUUAUUCUUGUCUUGGUCCACCUCCUGAUUACACUCCAAAUCCUGACUCUACACAUGUCUGUUGUACACAAUUCCUAUUAACAUUUGGUGCCAACGUUAAUUAUCAAGAGCCAACUCGUCAUUAUACUGCACUACAUUUCUCGAUUGGUAAUCAAAAUCCAAUUAGCUUUCACGUUUUACUCAAGCACCCACAAGUUAACAUUAAUUUGAAAAAUUCUGAUAAUUGUGAUGCAUUAACAUUCGCACGUGUGCGACGCAAUUUAGAAGCUGUUUUUCUUCUCGAAGAGCGUAUCGCUGCAACAAAAGUUGAUAUAAAACCGAAAUUUCUACAACGAUAUUUCACUAGUAAAUUCGUCCGUCGAUGGUUAAUAAGGCUGUUCAUGUUUCUCGUUCUGGUACUCUUUGGCGUCGCAGCGAAUUCUAUUCAAUACUCUUACUGGGCACGCGUUGUUGUACCCAUUGUUAUUGUUAUUUGUUGUUCACAAGUAUUCAACUAUUAUGUUUUUGAUACGUACACGAAAGAUAAUUUUGCAUUUUCAUACGUGCUCUCAACGACAUUUCUCAUGUACGGAACUUACAUAGUCUAUUUACAAGACAAUGAAUGGACACUUAGACAUUUAUGCUAUCACUUUUUCACACUCUUCGGUAUCUAUUCGUUUCAUUGUACGAAGAAAUACAAUCCGGGUUUCAUCAAACAACAGACAAUGACGAUCGACGGACAAACACUGACACGAGACAAGAUUUGCAUUGCAUUUGCGCGCGAUUCACAAUGGACGCUGGAUCAUUUCUGUGUUACUUGUCUUAUUCGCCGACCAUUACGAUCAAAGCAUUGUCCUAUGGACGGAACUUGUGUGGCGAAAUUCGAUCAUCAUUGUACUUGGCUUGACGCUUGUAUUGGUGGUCGGAAUUACAUUCAUUUCAUUCGCAUACUAACAUGUGCUACCAUGGGAAUCUUUUUCUGGUUACAUGAAGCCAUUCAACACAUCUCACGUGAUGGUGAGAAUUAUACGAUCAAAGAAAUCAUUUUCCAAGUCUACGAUCCAUGGUUUAAUUAUAUUUUCUUCUUAACAGCAUUUAAUGCUAUUUGGGUGACGUUAAUGACGGCGUUUCAUUUGUUUAAUUCGAUCUAUUUGGGUGUGACGUUGAACGAGCGUUUGACGGGUUUUCGUUACAGUUAUUUUCGUGAUGAAAAUACAGGCAAAUUUAACAAUCCAUUUCAAAAGCAAAAGCUACGAAAUUUCCUGGAAACGUUUGGUUGUUUUCGUCUCAUGGCGUUACUUCGAUAUCCUCGUAUUGAUUGGUCACAAAUCUACGAUAUUAAUCAAAUCACUGCAACAAAAAUCAAUUAA